GCCCAUUGAGCGCACAAUAAAUGACUUGAAACUAAAAAUACUAUUCAAUCUACCUACCUGACAAACUUUGAACACCAAACAAGGAAAAUGGCGCAAGACGGCUUGCUAGACAACCGGAAGAAGAGCGUGCUUACGCCAAAAGCACUUUGCGCAGUCUUUCUGGGGUUGAGCUUCUCCUGCAUGUUUUAUGCGCUGAUGCACUACAUCCAUACGGAAGGCAUCGCCCACCCCGGCGUCCUCAUGCUCCUACCAGUCUGCACGAUCAUUUGGAUGGCACUGUUGAUACCCCUCCUGACCUUCAUAGCCUAUCAGGAUGACUUCAAAGCCCUCAACCCGCUCCUGCCCAUGCACUACAUCCUCAUAGCUAAGCGCACUUUCACGGCCAUGAAGAACAACGAUUUCAAGGUGUCGGAAAAGAACCUCUAACAGCAGGGGUGUCACGCGGCAUGUGUCUCACGCGCGGCCCUGGAUGCCGGCAGAGAGCUAGGGCCACGCCCGCGGUGGGCGUGAUGCAACCGUGGAGGGAGCAUCACGGAUGAGGCGCUGAACGGGCAUGACCCGAAAGCGCUUCUGUGCCGCGUGCAUGGUCGUGAGAUACCGGAACACUGCCGUGCAUCUUGAUCUCACUCCGCUCUCUGUUGACAGAGGUGCAAGCGGUUGAGCCGUGCUGUAGCGCUCGCUACGCUGCCCCAAGCGGCAAGGCAGUACUGUGGAAGCUGGGUCACACACGCAUUCAUGGCUGUAAGUAAUUGUGUUGGUGAGUAAUGCAUAGAGGCACCCCAAAAGGACAGGGUCUCGAGCACCUGUGGCCAACGAGGUAGGCAUUUGGUUGCAGGGGCAAUAAAAAGCGUUGCAGUGCAGUCGGCGGUACCGUGUGAAUCCGAGGUUGGGCAAUGUGUUCUACCCACCGGGGCGGUCGAUGCUGCGCGGCGCGCGCGCGUCCACUGGGCUGUGAGUGGUGCGGCUGCGGGAAGAGUUGCGAAUUUGUAACCGGUGUUGCCGUGCGAGUUGGCGCUGCCUGGCAUCCAACGCUGUGGUGCACAGAAGACGUGAUGCAUCAAACGUACUGCGCACCGGUACGAAAGCAAUUGGGGCUUCUUGGCGUGAUGCGCUUUGUCUCGCUGUUCACACACCUGCGCGUCUGCGCAGCAGGACCCCGGAUUGGACCCCGGCAUGCAAUCAGGUGCCGGGCGAUGAAGUUCGUCGCAGGAGCGUGUGGCCGGGAAAGGCUGGCUGAGGCUGGCUGGGUUUGUUUAUUGCAAGGCGCAGAGCACUGGCGUAGUGCGCGUGCCGAGGCGAUAGUUUCUCCUUCCU